AUGACAUUUAAUCGAAAGAAAGUUGAAGGACUAAAUGAACUGAAUACAUUAUUGAAGGAUCUCAAAUGUCGUACCGUUAUUUUGUUCAGCGGUUCAAAAGAUGGUGGCAAAAGUUGGUGUCCAGAUUGUGUUCAAGCGGAACCUGUAAUUGAGAAAGUUAUUGAACAAAUUGUAUCUUCUAAUGAUACGGACAUAGAUUUGACAUUUAUCGAAUGCGCUGUUGGACCACGGACGUGCUGGAAAGAUCAAACAAAUGCAUUUCGAACUGAUCAGAGAUUUAAACUAAAAGAAAUUCCCACAUUACUGGAUUAUAGCAAUAAGGCAAAGAGGUUGUCUGGUGAACAGUGUGCUAAUGAGCUGUUGGUGAAGGAAUUAUUCCUUGAAGAUUAA